AUGGCUCGCUUUGCAGUUGCAACGUUGGCAUUCCUUGCAACGAGUGCCUACGCGUUGUGUUCAAGAAAGGCAUGCGCCGCGACGACAGAAUGGACGGGCUGGGAGAAUAUCAAGCAUGCCUUUAUCUUUGGGGAUAGCUACACACAGACAGGAUUCAACUAUACGCAAACUCCUCCCUCACCGUCCAAUCCCUUUGGAAAUCCCCAAUACCCAGGAUGGACAUCAUCUAAUGGACCGAAUUGGGUUGGAUAUCUAACCGUCAAGUACAAUGCGUCACUCUUACAAACUUACAACCUCGCUUACGGCGGUGCUACUGUCGACUCAGCUCUUGUUGCGCCUUACCAGCCUACCGUAUUAUCUGUAAAGCAGCAGGUACAAGAAGAGUUUAUCCCAGGCUACACGGGCGUUUCUGCCGAAGCCCCCUCGGCACCCAAAUGGACGGGUGCUGACUCGAUCUUCGCCUUUUGGAUCGGCAUCAACGAUGUUGGAAACUCCUACGGGUCAGGAGUAGAGUCCACUGGUCCUUUGUACACUAAAAUCUUCGAUGUUUACUCGGGUCUAGUCGACCAGCUCUACGACAGCGGCGCCAGGAAUUUCGUCUUCAUCAACGUUCCGCCCGUCGACCGCAGCCCCUUAACAGUCGGUCAAGGUGAGCAAUCUGUGGAGGCAGAGAAAGCUGCGAUCGCAGACUGGAACAAGCGUGUAGCCAAUACAGCUGCUGCAUUGAAGAGCAACCAUACAGACGAAGUUAACGUCUGGGUUUACGACUCAAACAAGAGCUUCGGGGAGGUUUUGGAUAAGCCAAGCACAUAUGCAGAAACUGCGGGUCUUAAGAAUACCACCGGUUACUGCACUGCGUAUCAGAAUGGCACACCCGAUGACGACUCGUUCACUCCCAGCUGUGGUGUUCCAGUAAACCAAUAUUUCUGGCUCAAUAACUUGCAUCCGACGUAUCCAAUUCAUGAUGUAGUUGCCAAGCAGGUUGCGGAGGCCCUGUCGCUAGGGCCGAGCGUAUGUUGA